CUGAGCUGCAGAACUCAGCUACAUGUCAGCAAUGCAUGGACUUGGAGAUAAGAGGCAGGCAGAUAGAUGCUGUAAAACUUUGCCAGCUCAUCUAUAACAUUUAAAUUAAACAAAAUAAAAAACACAAAGAGAUGAAGCCUCCCUUAUGAAAUACAACAUGUUGUCUCUGCCAUGGCUCUAGUCUUGUCCUUGUUUUCAGCACAUCUGUACAUGAAGCGAGUGGGAAACAUCAGUCCGAGCUGAUUCACCCAAUGCCUAGAAGGACCACUGUGAGUCUGAAUCUCAGCUGAAGAUACUGCAACAGCAAAAUCCAUGAGGCACCAUUAAAAACAACGCUAUCAUGAUAUACGAGCCCAAGUUCUGCAUCACAAAUGAAGUGCUGUAGAAACCUUUUCUCACUGCUUCACCUCAGAGGCUGAACACGGACUCUUCACAGAAGAGGGUCCUGAUGACAUCACAUCCUCUCCUAUAAGUUACGCUGCCUCCAAAGUUCAGUGACAAAGAUCACCCGCGCUCCACUGCACCGCCCCAAGGACGAUGGCCGGGUCUCCUGCACUGCUCCUCCUGCUCAGCCUGGGGCUCUGCUGCACCAGCACCCAGGCACAGAAGAACAUGAUGGAGGCCAGGUUCCUAGACAGGAAUAUGAAGAACCCCCAAGAGGGACAGCGGCUGGAGCUGGAAUGCCUGCACUACGAGAGAAACAGACCCGUCUUCUGGAUCCGCCUGGACAAGAGUGAGAACCUUCACUUCAUUGCCUACAGUACCCAUUCUUAUUCCACCACAUUGCAGGAGGGUGAGAAAACAUCUCCAAACUUUGUGGCAUUAUGGAGAGGGAACUCCUAUCGACUAGUCGUGAAGUCCUUCAGGGCACAGGACGAGGGGAUCUAUUACUGCAUCAACUACAUCAACCCAGUGCUGCACUUCAGCUCGGGACAACCCGCCUUCUUCCCAGUCGCAACUACAGCAGCACCCACCACACCUGCAGCCACCACCCCCAGCAGCCAGGCCACCAAGAAGGACAACUCACAACAGGGCCUGGAUGCAGCUGAACACAUCACACCCGCAGCCACCAUCCAGAGCAGCCAGGUCACCACAAAGGACAACUCACAACAGGACCAAGAUGCAGGAACAAGCAAUGAGAACGCACUGCAUUUCUGCUAUGAUGUGGUCAUCUGGGUUAACCUGGCUGGUGCCUGCCUCCUGCUCCUCACUGCCAUAACCAUCACCAUCACGCACUGCCAAAGACCAAGCUCACCGUAAGCAAGCAGUGCUGCGUCGCUGCUCAGCAGAAGGCACACAGGCGUCCUCAACAAGCACCGCACGGAUCCCAUCAGCAACACACACAGCUGCCCUGAUGCAGCGCGGGCAUUUGGCUGCUCCUCCUCUGCUGCCCUAUCUCCAUGAGGGCAGGGAGACUGAACAUGCCACCACCUUCCCCACUAGUGUUUCAAAAGAAGAAAAGUACCCAUUGAAAAGGCCAUCCCAAACUCUGCUGAAAUAACUUCCUGUCUGACCAGGGUCCAUAAUUGUAUUUCUCUACAGCCCCUUUCCACCUGAAAUCUCCUCAGCAGGCAGCAAGAAAAUUAAUUCUUAACUCACCUCCUGCUGGGCCACGUUCCUCAGUUUGUCAGCCUCUAUAUUCCCCACAGGAUUUUGUCCCUUCCUAUAUGCACGUCCCCUUCCUUUAUUCUAUGUCAUAAAUAAACCAAAUACAGACCAGUAUCUCUACAGACUCCAUGUACAUCAACCCACAUUGUACUUAAAUGCUGUAUUUCAGGGCCGGGAGGGCCUGCAGAGCUGAAACUUCAUCUCUCAACAUGUCAAAAUGCAUAAAAUCAUUUGCCAUAACCUGAGCCGCUCACUGUUUGUUUCAUUGGGAAUGCUGCUAUGGCUUGAAACACAGCACAGGUGCGUUGGUUUACGCCUCGAAGACGUAUGUUUAACUUACUUCAAUGAGAGGCCAUGUCCACCAGAAGCAUGAAAUCUGUGAUGCGCUCUCAGCCUCGCUUUCUGACACAAAUGUUCCUUUUGAUCCCAGAAAUGAUUUCAUUUUGCAAAUCCUAAAACUGCCUCGCGUUUUACCAUCACUUACACACCUUACUUUAUAAAGGUAAACAAUGUCUCCAUAAUCAGCAUCCGUACGUGUCAGGAAUGCCUGGAAGUGGUGAUGGUUCAGUCCCCUGGGCUUCAUGAAAUUCACACCUUCCAUGACAACUGACGUGACAGUACCCAUCUUUAAAGCUUUUCUGCAUAUAUUGCCCUGAUGUACCAUGCACAGAUGUUUCAUCAGACCUGAGUUCCUGGAAGCAAUUCCAUUCUCUUCUAUGCAUUCUAUAAGCCCCCCCCUUUAGACCAACCACUGCCUGGGCACCAUCAGUAGCUCUACCAGAAGCAUCAACAAAGCUUAAAUAAAAUCAUUUCAAUGCCAUUUCCACUGCUUCGUCCACAUCAAAAGAUUUCUUUCUGCCUUUUGAGGGUACCAAGGAAGCCAUUUCUUCAGUGACAUGAUACUUCUUAUCAAUACCUUCCAUGAAAAAGGAAGUUGAGUCAUAUCUGUAGCGUCAGUCAUUUCAUCUGUCGCCAAAGGAUAACUUCUGAAAUUAGCAGCUUUCCUCUCCAACUUUCUUGCCACAGAUUUGUCCAUUUCUUCAGACCACCUGGCAAUGGUGGAGUGACACCAACUGAUUUGAGAAAAGUCCCUGUUUUAAUCAGGGCAGAUUGCAUCUCUGAUGCUGUCUGUGCGUUGCUCAACAAACUCACCACCAGCAGACGGCUUUGCUGCUUCUGCCAUCAGAUUUGCCACCACAUCACUGGCCUUUAUCGCCAAGUCCAUCCGGGGUGUAACUCAACAGCAGUAACGCAGUUUUACCUCAACAAAACAGUACCCAUCUGUCCAUUUUUCACUGA